ACCAAAUAACACAUGUUCGACAGAAUUUGCAUCCGCAAUUUACACAAGAAUACAAAAUUUCAAGAAUUUCAAAUUUGUUGCAAUAAUAAAUAAGACAAAUAUGUUUUCAAAUCGGGAUAAAACAACUAAGGAUCCAUUUAAUUGUUUCUUGUGCGGAUGAAAUAACAAACUGCAGUGAAUUGUUUAUUUUACUUAAAUUCCCGCGUGCACUCUUAUCCUAACUGAAAAAGUGAAAUAAAUCAUGGCGCGUCUAAGCAAAAGGCAAAUUCAACGUCGAGCCGCCAGUCAGAAGGCCAGAGAACUAAGCAAAACUAAAGCUCGUAACAAUAACCAAGGGGCCAGCGAACAAGAAAUUAGCAACAAUGAUGCUGAGAUUAUAGAAUCGGUUCCUGUAAAGGAGGAGGAGGACGUGAUUGUUUCAAUUUGUAUAAUUUGCUGUUGUCCCGCCCCAAAGAACAAGUAUCCCACAAGGGUCAAGUUUCUGCUGGGACAAGUCGUCCCAUAUUCGCUUCUUUGCGACUCCCCGUAUCGCCAGGAGGAAAUUGAACAACACAUUGACCUCUGUUCGUCAUGUGUGCGUCUUCUGGGUCAGGGGGAACAGCUACAUGAGCGGAUUGUCAAACUGGAGAGGGAGUUGGACCAGGUGAAGAACAACGUGAAGAAAUUGGUACAGAAUUCCACCCUCGUUAAGCAGGAGGACGGAGGAAAUUUGGUGGUGGAACAAAUAUACGGAAAUAUUAGAGAACAAUUGUUGAGUGAUUUCGUGGGAGGAGAGGACGGAAACUUUCACUGGUCAGGAAUCGAGUUCGAUGAAAAUGAACAACAAAUGGAGAAUAUUUAUACACCUGAAAUUGGAGAUGAUCCCUUAGAAUUCGGAGAGGCUUCAGUUGCAAAUUCAAAUGCAAAUUCUGCACUUUCCUUCCGUGCAGAUUCACUAGCUUCCAGUAAUCCGCUUAGCUUAAGUCUUGAAGAAGAUUAUAGAAAUUUUCCAGAAUUUGAAAGGGACAAAGUUGUGACAACGUAUUCGAAAAGCACCCACAAACGAAGCGUUAAACCACUCCAGAUUAGCCAAUUAAUGAAACGGAAACACAAAGAGAAAAAAUAUGCUCCAAAGACAACAAUUGAAAGAAGGAGAGAAAACGUGACAAAAACCCCGAUAGUAAAGAGACCUAGAUCAUCAUCAAGUAAAACUGGCUCACUGAUAACUGACACCAGUCUGUCCCUAUUCAGUGAAUCGUUGACUUUGCCGGUCCUUGAGGUUCGAAAACUACCUGACCUCACUACCCCUUCAAAAGGGAGUCAUCCUUGUGUAAUUUGUCCAGAUAAGUUGGAUACCCUCGUGGAGGCUGCCUUGCACCGGAAAUUUAUUCACCCAGGUUUCUCCCUGUGCACUAGUCCAGUUCGUACCCUCCAAUGCGGAAAGAUAUUCAGAUCGUGCGACAUAAAGCGCCAUAGGAUAGAAAGUCAUCCACUUGUUCGAUGUCCCGAAUGCAGGGAAUCCUUCACCACCACGGACAGAUUAGAAUCCCACAUGAAGGCUGUCCAUUACCGUGACGGAUCUGAGCUACCCCCACUCCCAGAAUUUGGAUAUGAUGUCAAAUUAAUUCCAUGGAUGCUCCCCUUGACUACGGAGGAAAUCCGGGAAGUGACCCGGGAUCAAGGAUUCUUCUACAUUAACUUAAAACGGCUAGAAAUUAAAGAAACGCCGGAACACGUGGUCGCUGAGCAAAGUAUCGGUAAAAAUGUUGAAGAAGUGCCCAUCCCAUCAUUCCCAUCCACUUCGAUAUCUAAUUUGACUGACGAAUCCAACCAGGAGCACGAAAUUCUAAACAGGAGGAAGGUUUCUGUAGCAAAAAAUAUUUCCACAACUGAAAAUGCUAGAGUUUUUCCUACGGAACUAACUCAACCUGUUCCAGUCAAACGAAAAAGAAAGAAGAUUAUUUACAACUGUGGCGUCUGCAAUACAAAAUUCCCCGUACAAUCCGAUCUCCUCCAACAUUUGGCCGAUGCUCAUAACCAGACCCCGAAAUUCGGGUGUUUCGUGUGUCUCAAAGAAUUCACUUCGCUCAGUGAAUGCGAAGCUCACGUUUUAUCAGACCACCCUGACGCCAAGCUACCAGAGACACCUAUGAGAUAUAAGUCUCCAAAAACUACGAAAGUCACAGAAAGUGGCCAGGACAAGAGGUGGAUGUGGCCAUUUAUGUGUAAAACAUGUCGGUUACGGUUCAAAUCGCUUCCUGCCCUGCAGACUCAUUUGAAAUCAGAAGACCACACGCUAAACUUAGAGUUAGGCCCGUUGGAAAUUUGUCCACGUGAUGGAUGUAAGCAUGAGUAUCGUGGACAAGCAGAGUUGGAUUCUCAUCUAGCCAAACAUGAUCAGCUCGACAAUCAAAUUAAAUGCCCCCAGUGCUAUUUUAGAUUUGCCGAUUCAAACCUGCUCUUGCACCACCGGGUCCGAUGUCAUAAAUACGUUCCCACUGAAGCAGAAUCUUUACAGCCAAUUGUGCAUCCAUGUCAGGUUGAAAAUUGUGGGAAGCUAUUCAACCACAAGGAGCCACUCGCAAGGCACAUGGCGUCCAUGCACGGAAUAGGAAAACACAUGUGUGAACAAUGUGGAAAAGUUUUUUCACAAUUAUAAAGUAAUGAACUGCGGUAAGUGAAGUAUUUUCUAAAAAUUUACUCCAAUUUCAAAUUUGUUAUUUCUUAUCACUUAUUAAAUGUAUUCGUUAUAAUAUUUCAUAUUUCAUAUCUAUAUCUUUUUUCCACAGAAUAAUGUGAAAAGUAAGAAAUCAAUCAUGCCUCGCCCAAGCCUCAGAAAAAUACAACUGCGGCAGCGGGCUCGAUUAGCAGUGUUGGUUAAAGCUCAUAAAAAACAACAACGUUCUAAUGGAGGCAACGAACAAGUUCGUAGUCCAAGUGUUGAACUCAACUUACUAUCCCCGUACUUAGGCUUUGCACCUCAUUUGCAUAAAUCUCAAUAGCCCAUUUUCGGCGAUACGAGCUUUCCAUGUUGAAUAAACUCUAUGGCUCUCGCGAAUGCGUUAAAAUAUGCAAAUGAGGUGCAAGGGCUGAGUGCGAGGAUAGUACAGUAGAGUUCAAUCCAUUUCUACUUGGACUGUUGGCUCUGCCACCACCACCGCCGCACUGUGUUCAAAAUAUCCUUAUCCGCGGCAAAAAUAAUUAAGGGUAUGAAAUGGACCCCCAAGGUGGAAAUUCAAUCUGGGUUUGGGUUAUUUCGAUUUCAGGGUGUGGGUGUGGUUGAAAUAAUUAAGUUUUUAUCGAAAUUUCGUAAAACUCUGAAAAAUUAUAUUUUUUCGGAUUGAUGGGGAAUCUUUUUUGGCAAACACCAUCUUGUUUAAAAAUAGUUUUCUUGCUGUGAUGCGCAAAAAUAAAAUGUUCUUUAAAUAAAAAAAUAACGUCUCCACCCCCAUAGUGCACAACUUUUUGAAUCAGGGUAUAAGUAUUAUUAAUUAAUAACAACAUAAUGGUGUUAUACUUCUGCCAACGUAAAUUUUUAAAAUCAUAUUAUUUUUAACAAUGGUAUGGAAAAACUUAGGCUAUACUAGUAUAACUUGAGAAAUUAUCUUGCUCCAACACUUUAACUCCAACGUGCAUGUCGAUGGCAUAUUUUCUAUUUUGUAUGCGCGAUAUUUUUGACAGGUUUUUGGAUAAGUUUUUCAUAGUCUUUUCAUAUUCAAAGUAAUUCCCGAUAUACAUGAAAUCGCUAUUGAAAUUUUCAAACCCGGAAUGCACUCUAAUUUUGGAAAGAUUUGUGUGCUUAACAAAUAAAUUUUCGCACUCUGAAACUAAAUAUUGUGAGCAGUCUGUUACUUCCUGCAAAAACCUAUGAGCUUUCCCAACAACUGGGGUGAACUCUUCUCCCAUAAGCUCUUUUGCAGCGCGCUUUUCAAUUUCUGCAAGGUUUCCUCCUGUGGAUCCACGAAUUCUUAUCAUCUUUUCCGUGAGUUUCCCACUUGAAUGAGAGAAGGCUUCUGCAACAUUUAUUAUAAUAUUACGGUACGUAAGUAACAUAUCACCAUCUCGGCAACAUUUUUAUUCUGGUUCCCUAGAUGGUGAUACGUUACUUGCGAACCGUAGUAACAGUUGCAUUAAGAUACUAACCCUUCGUGUCGCCAACUACAAAUUCCGUCACUAUAUCAUGCGGGUUAUUUUUGUUCUGUCCACCAUUAGUAUUGCAAGUUGAAUUCCAUUUCAUGGCAUGAGCUACAUGUUCAGGUGCAAACCCAUGCAGUAAACUCAGAUAAUAGUGUGUUAAAUUUAGAUAGUUCUUGUGUGACUUUCCUUGGUAUGUUAUGAGAUGUAAUUUGCGGAAGAUCAUUAUAUUGUCACCGUGAUUAAAGUUAAUGGCGGACCUGAAACACUGCAAAUCGCACAGCAUAUUAAUAUACAACCUUAUCAUCGAAGGUGGCUUAUUCUACCUCUAAGUUUAGAAUGGAAUACAGAAGAGUUUUCGUGUAUUUGAAUACUUGAUCUGCGUCGUCUUUCAUGCAUUUCUCUGUGCAGUACCAUUUACCAGUGAAACUAUCUUUAGUGAUUUUUUUCCAUUUCAUAUUUCCUCGUUUAGCUGUAUACUUCUUUAUACAGGCCUGGGAAAAAUUCAACCGGUUUAAUUUAUAUCACAUUAAAGCAAACAAAAAUAUUCUUACUUGGUGAUACCACUGGUUUUCACUACAGUCAUAGUUAUCGCAACAAAUCCAUUCCGUUGUUUUAUCUUUGGCGUCAUAUGGUUUGAGGCAGAAACAAUAUCUGUGAUAUAUAUUUAAUUUGCAAUUUAAUAAUGUACAACUUAUUUAACACAAACAUAUGUGAAAAAUCCUUCUAUUUUAACAAAUUGUGUGCCGUACUGUUUCUGUUUACAUGGCCUAAGAAUGUCCGCAAAUUCCAUUUCCAUCAGAUCCAUGCCUAUUUUGCUCAUGAGUUGAUUGAGCUGAGCUUUUGAUAACCCAGAAAUAUUAAUAGUUGCCAGUCUCAGCCUUGCAUAUGCUACAACAUAGCUCCGAAGUGCAAAUCGCAAGAAUCGCAUACAAGGAUUGAAUUGAUGAAUAACAUCCUGCGAGACCAGUUUAUGCUUGUAUCUGAAAGUAUCAUUCAUUUAUCAUGUAAGCCAACCCCUUGGUAUGCAACUGUUUUCUGGCUAACUUCAACUUUAAAUCGUUAAGGCUGCCUUUGGUCUCCCACACUCUUUGGUUCGAUAAGAGGCUUUUCAUAAUUUCGGUCCCGACUAUUGCUCUCUCAUGCCAGUAACUAUGAAUACCGAACAUGCUCCUCACUUUGUCCUCUUCAGUAAGUGAAUGGCACCUGUGGUCCUGGGAUGCUUUCUGAUUUAUUGCGGUGAGACCUUGGGACGAUAAGUAUGACUACUACUGAGUAAGCAUACCAAAUGAAGUUGCACAAUAAAUAGUAUACCAUCUCCCCAGGUAACAAUAGGAAGAAAGUUGCCAUCUGGUUUCUUGGGGACAUAAUCUUGCAUUUCUUUCAAACAGUUAAUCAUGCUGUCAAUUGUCCCCUAUUCAAAUGAAACUGUUGACUUUACCCGGUUACUGAAUAUUAGCCGCUCGCUAUUACUUCUCUCCGUCUCAUAUACAAAUUAACUCUCCGUACUCUCCGUGUUGUAGAGUGUAGAGCGUGUAUACUGACUGUGUUGUAGACACCGUUAAUUGGUGUAUGAGACGGAGACAAGUAAUGGCCCGCGGCUUAUACUAUCCAACAUGUACCUCGUUGUGUGGAAUCACCCCAAGGUUUACAAUUUCGCUUUUUUUUGCAGACUCAACCAUAUAUUCGUGCUCUGGGUAUCGACUGAGGCGUUUAUCGGUUUUAAAGAAGACGUCAAGGUUUUCUUGUAAGAUGAGAAUGAUUUCCCGUAGGUGCAACUGCUUCAUGGUAGUUACUUCUGAAUCUUGUAACACAAAGGCUGACAUUGGAAUGUCGAUAGGGUCAAGAACUGGCCUAGGACUUAACACCAUCCUCCAGGGGGUGGCAAUCCUAUCCCGAAUUGCAAUGAAUACCACCACGUUCAAACUGUGCAAGGUAUUGGUGUUCCCGUAGUGUCUGGGAUGUAUGCUUUUAUUUAAGUUGUCAUAACUUAAACAAAAGCUUUUAAAACUUUCCUCUUGCGUUGAGACAUCAGAAAAAUUCAAUUUCUUUCUUGCCAAACUACCUCUUUUCAGAGAUAGUGGGAGUGCAGGGGUUGAUGUUAUCCCUGGAGUUACGUUAAUCUCAUCGUCCGAACUCUCAUAAAUUCUCAAGCAACUUAGAGAACUGGUAGCCUCUUCUGGUUGAAACACAGGCCGGGCAUUUCUGCUCUGAGGAUUUUGGGAGGAAACUAGUUCGUCUUCUAUCUCCUAUAAUAAUUUAUUCUGAAUUAUCCUCUCUUAUUCAUGUGUUACCUGCUAACUAUUAGAAUUUAAGCCUACGGCUAUUAUUUAAAAUUAAAUAUCUCGCCAAUUUCAAUUAAAAUUUUUCAGACUAAAUUUUGACAUAAUUUAACAAAAUCUAUGGUUGCUAACCGGCUUUACCUUCUUCCAAUCCCGCACAGGUUUAUCAAAUGUCUUCUGUUGUGUCUCCAUGUAAUUUAGUAUAGUCUUGUAGCAGACUGAUAUGCCCAUUUCAUGAAAUAAUGUGUAUGUCUGUGUAAGUGGUAAUAUUGGCUGAAUUAAGUAUUUAAGAAUUAAACUUAAAAAGAUUAAAACCGGAUCAUACCUUAACGGAUACCCCGUUCUUCCAAAGGAGAGCACCAACACUUUUAGCGAAAAUGUUGUCGUGCAUUCUCCGCUGGUAUAAGGCAAUCCCAACUAUGCUCCGCAUGGCAGGAGUGAACAGACCUUCCUCUAAGCCAACGAAUCCUCCAAGAAUUGAUAGCGUAACGGGCGCAAAGUUCUCGCAUUCCUCAUAGAUUACAUCAAGCGAUGGGAAUAGAUCACCAGAACUCUGACUCCCGAAUGAUGAGUUGUCACCCAGUACAGCAAGUUCGGCAUUUAUAAUUCGAUUUAUGUUACUACGUAAUGAUUUGAAACUCUUCUGAUUGGUGCGACUAAACACGUUUUUUAACUUUUGACCAAUAGGAGUUGAUUUACGUUGUAAUGUUCCUUCAUAUCUCUCAACUGGAUGUUGUGCUUCAUUUUCUGAUUCCACUUCGGAUUCUUCCUCUUGCAAAAGUGAAGCCCGUUCAAGAUCGUUAUUUUCGCUUAUGCAAUAUUCUGCGUUUUCUGAUGAGUGUGAGUCUAGUGCACUUGCAGAAGUACAUGGUUGUUCAUAUUGUUGAGGUAGAUGCUGGACACUGAUGACCAAUUUUCUUCCAAUAUAGGUGUUGUCUUUGGUACGUUCUUUAAAUUCCUGUAACUUAAUAUAUGCCGUCCCAAGCUACAAACUACACUUUUGGCACAAAUACCUCAAGUCCUUCUUUGGGCGGGAUGGUGUUGUGGUCAGCACGGAUGGGAAAAACAGUUGAAUAGCCUGAUUCACAGUGCAAUCCACAUUUUUUAUUCGUGAUGAAAAAUUUACGCGGUUUUUAUCUGUAACACCUCCGCAAUUAUCACAAUUUACCAACUUGUCUUUUACCAUCUCAGCGAACGUAAACCCACUUCUUACACAUAAAAAAUGAUUUCUGGAUAAAGUCGAUGUCGUACUCGUGAACCAUAUGAAACCAUAACUAAGUUUACUUUGUAAGAUGUGAUUUAUUGAAAUAUUUAUAACUUUCUAUGUUCACAUACAGCACAAUUGUACAUACAGACUUUCUAUUUCAACAUUGUGGCAGGCGAGUUUGAAACAUCAAACCAAUAGAACAAUGGGAACUUUCAUUUGUAGAAAGCGAAAUCCUUAAGUUAUGGUAAACAAAACUUGUUUUAAAUAAACAAUACAUGUUGACUUUCAUUUUUAUAAUAUUUUUUGUUUGAUAUAAACUAUGGAACCGUUCGUAAGGCAUGUUAUCCAUGUUACGUAUGAUAAGAAUCGUUAAUAAUAGAAUGUUGUAUAUUAAAUUACUACU